AUGUCGAGCAAGCCAGUUGUAGCAAUCGUUGGUCCUAAUGGACUUUUGGGAAAGCCAGUCAUUGACGCUUUCACCUCGGAGAAGUUUAGCAAGAACUUUGAGUUGCCAAUUAGAGUUGUGUCGAGAAAGGCUUCAGGUGAAGCUACGAAUUUGAUAAAGCACUACCAAGCUGCAGAUGUGGAGUCAUACAAGAAAGCGUUUGAGGGUGCAGAUGUUGUUAUUUCCUUGUUGGGGGGGCCUAGUGAUGAAAUUCUGGAGGCUGUUAUUGCAGCUAAGCCAGGCCUAUACAUUCCAUCUCAAUUCGGAACAGAUCUCACUAAACCAAUGUACCUUCCACUCCUUGACGGCAAAGUAAAGCAUUCGGAAGCAGCAAGAAAAGCUGGCCUCAAAGUUGUGGAUGUCUACACAGGCCUUUUCUCUGCCAAAGGUUCCUUUUUGCAUGAAAUUGUGGGUCACGUAGGUGCUGAUCCUAAGACUGGAAAGGUCACAUAUAUUAGUGAUCCUGAGGCCAAAUUCAACUACACAACUUUGGAAGAUGCAGGAAACACUUUGGCUGUCUUGGCUUCUAUGAAGCCUUCCUCUAUUCCAGAUACUGUUAGAGUCUAUUCCGGACUUACAACCCAGAAAGCGGUGGUUAAAGUGUAUGAGGAAACACAUGGCGUUAUCUUUGAACCCUCCAUCAUUUCUCUGGAAGAAGGUGUCGCAAAAUUGCACGAGGAUUUCAAGAAAAAUGACCCCAAUAUGUUCUUCCUUUUCCUCCAGGUCAUUGCGGCUGCUGGUGACGGCAAGGGACUGGUCUUUUUGACUGACAACGAUAGGGAGUUUGUCAACCCUCAUGAAUCACUGUUCAAAUGGGGUAAAUUCUGA